AUUUUCAAAAUGGCCGGGGUGUCGCCGUGAUUGCUGUUGUCAGAAGUCGCUGUCAAGUUUGUGUUCGUUCACUCUAAACGCCACCAUUUAUACCAGUCAAAUGUGUAUCCGAAGUGAAACCAGAGUCUAGCAUAUGUUACGGUUAUAAAGAAAUCGAUGCGUAAUUCUUAACGAGACGUUUUCAACGAAGUGAGGAAGUGACGAAACCUGUCAAUCCGACUCCCUGGCAACACAGUCCGCGCACAAUUUUGACUCGUGUGUUAUUGGUCCCUUCUCGCCCUUCGCUGGAUUCUCGUCCAAAUUCACCACGUGAAUAUUUUCAUAAUCGUCAAUGCCCUUCUCUUGCUGCGAUUGUUUUUCUUUUUGCUGCGGAUCGCUGGCCUAAACCAAAAGUUCUAGGCGAGGGUCUAGAAGUAAUUCUGCCCCUAGCUCUUCUCGAUAAUUCAGGUGGACAAGGAUGACCGUUUGUCGGAAAUAUUUGAAUUCCAUGUUCCAGCACCAGAGAUUGUUUUCCAACGGAACACUGUGAAGUUUCUGGCAAAAAGCACCAAAUCAGUACUCCACCCGACACCGAAACGCAGAGCACAGAGAUGGAUAAGCAGCCUGAAUGUAUCGCUCCUUUCUCUUCCGACGAAUGCCCGAACAGCGGGGAGGAUAGCGACGAGGAUGUAAUAACGGAUUAUUUGAGCCCGGGGCAUCCCGAUUGUACUCGUGUUUCACGAGCAACGGACGAAGAGUUGGACUGCCUCACACUUGAUGCAGCUUCUGAGUCUGAUUACUCAAAGGACGGAACUGCCGUAAUAGUCAUGUCCGACAGGGUACUUGAACAGAUCAAGCAGCAGCCUGCAGGACCCGGCACGGUCUUGCGUUCUGCUGGACCGCUAGUACCAAUCAUCAGUGUAACUCCACACUCCCCAGGAUUUGCCAAGCACUAUUCUAUUCUGGAUGAUAAUCUGAGACAACUACAUGAGAUACAUGAGAGUAUUCAACGAAUGCGAGAAUUGACCAUCACCACUCCGGGUCACAGCAUUCGCCUCCGACUGAAUCGUCAUCACACUCAAAGGCUCAGCUCGUCCUGUCCGUCGCUCUGCCCCCUGAAUGUGCUCUCUUUUGGUAGCCACGAACACGCAAAUGCGGGCUCUGACCCUGACUUACUCCUUGGUUGUUCGGCAAACAGCUCACCGACACAUUUCCCUACCUCGAAUCAUCAUUUACCUCGUGGUAUCCAAGGGGUUGACCGAAGACGAAGUUGGACGGAUCUUGAAGACACUAGGCGAGGUGCACGGCGAUCUGGACAGGACAAUAAUCUUCACCUUCAAGCGCGUUCAAUGCGUCAGCGCAGCAUCAGUCUCAGCAGCUUGGAUAGUGAACUAGAUUUAGAAUUGGAUAACAAACCUCAUAACGCAGGUACAGGAGUCGGGGGUAGAACAUCUAGAGCUCAAGCAAGUACUCAUUCGCUUAACGAAGCUGAUCUUAUUCAGGGGGAUUUUCAGAAAAUAGUCUCAAAGAGAGAAAGGUUGGGAGAGACUGGGAGUUUGAUGCCCGGAGUCACUGGCUCCCGUCUGCCCCUGCAGAAAUCUAUUUCGACUCCCUCUAUCAUAACACCCGCUGCACAUGUCCACCUUGCAGAUUCAGGGACCCGUACUGCCCCAUUGCUUGCCGCUAUGCUACGUAGGAUUGGGACUCAUGAAAGAGGAAGUGGAAGCGAGAGUGAAACUGAGGACCUAAUUCCCCCCCGAGUGCAUGGUUUCCACGGAGAUUUGGCUAGAGAUCGAAUACCAAACGCUCAGGUCUCUCUUGAUGAACUACUUGCUGACGGUGCCGUAUAUGACGAUAGUCAUUCAGAGAAGACACGCCGAAAACGGGGUUCUUUGUUCUUUCGCAAAAAAAAAGAUAAAGGCUCAAAGAAAUCCAGCCAAAUUCAGCAGCAUCAAUGGAUGUCAAUGGUCACAGCCAAUCAUCAGGCUGGUGUAAUUUGCGAUUUUUGCACUAAGCAAUUGGCCAACAAACCAGCACUACAUUGUGAAAAUUGCGGAGCUACGAUACAUCAAAGCCAAGGAUGCAAGGAUCAACUGACGGUAGAAUGUGUUAAGCACAAACAACAGUCUUCAAAAGUGGCUGCCAAGCCUCUUCCAGUCGUCACAGCACCUACAGUCCCCACGAAGAGAGGUUCCACAUCCUCGUUGCCUCCACCCUUAUCAACUAUUGGCGGAAGCCAAACGAUCAAUGAAGAAAGAGAUGGGGAUGGCGGUGGGCAUCAUCGCGAAGCACCGAGAUAUGUUAUUAGUAGCAACUGGGAAGAGCAUGAGUUUGGCGAGGAAAGCCAUCAGUUCAACAUUGGGGACCUAGAAGGCCUUGACCCUGAACUAUGCCUGGGAAAAGAUGAGCCAGAUUCCUGGACAGCCGCUGUUGGACGAAACGUGGCUCGUGCACUCGUCAACAACUGCGAGCGUGAAGUCAAGCGACAGGAGCAUAUCUAUGAGUUCGUCCUGACGGAAAAACAUCAUUGCCUCGUACUACUAGCAAUGGAGCGUAUAUUCGCUGACGGACUCAGACGCCACUUUGGCCUACCGUCUACUGAUCUUGAAAGAAUGUUCCCACGUUUACGAGACCUCACAGAUAUUCACCUCAGAUUUCUGUUGAAGUUAAGAAGGCGCCAGCGAUCUAACUCUGUAGUGCCUACUAUCUCGGAUAUUUUGAUAGAGCAAUUUUCAGGAGGUAAUGCAACAUCCAUGAAAAGUGCUUACGGUGAUUUCUGUAGUCGUCAUCGUGAAGCUGUCAAUGCUUACAAGUACUAUUACCGCAGCGAGCCCCGAUUCGUUCGUUUCGUGAGGCAUUGCCAGGCAAAUCCUUUGUUGAAAAAAAAAGGUAUCCCAGAGUGCAUUCUUUUUGUCACUCAACGCCUGACCAAAUACCCGUUACUUGUUGAACCGCUAAUCAAAACAGGGGUGGCUUCUCACGAGGUAGAGGAUCUACGUCACGCGUUGCUCCUUGUCAAGCAGAUUCUGGGAGAUGUAGAUGCUCAAGUAGCAGACAAGGAGCGAGCAGAUCGUAAACUAGAUAUUUAUCACAGGAUCGAGGCUAAGUCAUUUGCAACGCACCGUGGUUUGAAGUUCAAAAAAUCUGAUGUAUUGGGAAGCAACCGUGCUCUUAAAUUCGAAGGCACAGCAUUCUUGAUGCAAGGCCGCAGUAAGAUGGCACCUGUGGUUGUUGUUGUUCUGUCAGAUGUGCUGUUUUUUCUAACUGAAACAAGAGAUCAAAAAUAUGCAUUUUUUGCACCAGACAACAAGGCUGGUGUAGUAUCACUCCAAAAGCUGCUCGUUAGAGAAAAAGCCGGACAGGAGUCCAGAGGCAUCUAUUUAAUAAGUAGUAAUCCUUCGGACCCGGAAAUGUUCGAAUUGAAAGUGCAAAAGCCUAAGGACAAGCAGCUGUGGAUACAGGCUAUAAGAGCUGCUGUAGAGACAUGCCCACAGGAUUUGGAAACCGAAGGCGACCUUCUGGGUAAUUAUGGGGAAAACGAACAACGGGAUAAUCGAUUAUCGUCAACAUCGACUAUAUCUGCCGAAGAAAGACAACGUAUCGUCGAUGCUAAACAGUCGCACAUUCGCGAUAUCGUUGAAGAACUGCGAAAAAAAGAUGUUGAGCAAGCAGCAUUGCUCGAAGAGAAGAUGGGACUACAGCUGAGACUGAGAUCUGCUACUGGUGUAUGGAACAUAAGUGGAAGCGAUAUUGAGCGAGAAAGUCAAGAAGACAGGCAGCUCCCUGACUACAGAAAAUUAGUACCCGAUUAUAGGCGAUUGGUGCACGCUGAUAUAGGUGUAGUUUGGAGUGAGGCUGUGGUUGCGGUUCAGAGAGCAAUGCGAUUAGCUAGUUCGCUCUCUUUUAGUACAGGCAGUGCCACACUUUCUCGUAGUUUGAGUUCAGCUGGUGAACGGCACAGCGAAGCCUACGUUCCCCCUGCGCUUUGUGUACCAAGACGUGCCGAAACUUUUGCUGGCUUUGACCAUAAUAAGGACCGGUCGCUGUGGCGGGACAAUACAACCCUGAACAAUUUAAUCACCCCGACUAGAAUUGGCAAUUUAUUAAGCGACUUAGGAGAGGGUAAUGAGGAUGAUAACGUGGAUGCUGAACCGGACGGUAAUCGUGAUCAGCAGUUGGCUGCUGUUCAGUUGUCUCACUACGUUUACAGAUUAUUCUGUAUCGUGGCUAUUCAAAUGACAACAAUCAAUAGCUUGCAAGCACAGCUGGCUGUUUCAAGGGAAGCGGGUUGUAAGACAACAAACAACCGACCCAACCCAAAUCGACAGCUUGAAGAGCUGCGCAAUUUACAGGAUCAACUUAGUCGCGAAAAAGCAGCAUGGCGUGUAUCAACACAACAGGAACGACUGGAACUGGAUGAGCAACGUGCACAACUCUCAAGACUACGGGAUCAGCUCACUGCCGACCAACGUGAUGUUGAACAGCAACGUGAUCAACUGUACCGUCGGUUGGAGGCUCUCGAAAGACAAGGUGUCUCUUUGGUGACACCAGCUGCAACAGGGUCGGCUCCUGUUCAUAUGAGUCAGGGCAUCGACACGCUGCCACUACGGAAAAGUCAGGACAGCAAACGAAUACCACUGAAUUUGAUCAGUGCCACAAAUCAACAGAAAGUCCAGAGUAGCCUUCCACCAGUUAAGCAGCAGCUACCUCUAAAACUCGCUAGCGGCAGCAACAAUAAUAAUUCAAGGGGUUUGAGUAUCAUUGGUAGCAAUACUCCAGAUCGCCACUCAAGAACUGGCAGCAGUCCAGCAAUUGUGACCAGCUCAUCAUUUUCUUCACCUGACCUAAGUAUGAGCAACACUUUAGGCAACAUCAAUAGUAACACGCAGAUCCGAUUACGAACAGCUCGUUCACCUCCCGAUCAAAUACACCAACAGCAACAGCAAAGAACAGAGCAACCUCUAGAAGAAGAAGUCAUAUUCUUCUGACGGCUCUUCAGAUUUGGGCGUAAACAUCAUCGGCCACCACGCACCCCAGCCUCACCCCCUACUAUUAUUCCUACAACUCCGGCAAGUACUCCCACACCAUCACGCAGUCAACAAAGACAGACUCACCCUCCCCGAAGUAGAGUCAAGUCCUUUUGACUCUUAAGCUGAGACACCCUUUCUUCGUACCUUCCUGAAUUUCUGUCAAAGUCAGCCCAUAAUUGAUGGGUGUCCUAAUAUAUCUAUGAAAUUUUCAGGUUCUAAACGUGAAUAUUAAUACUUGGCUGUGGGUUUCAUACGUAGGUCUGCGUAUGUGUUAUACAAAUUGCUUAUCUGGCAAUAAAUUACAUUGAUGAUUGAACAUGUGAUCACAGGAAUUAAACUCUGACCGCCGUCGGUCCUAGGUUUAUAGGAAGAAGAAUAUCUCUGUGAAAAAACAUGUCAUUGACUCGACAGAGUCCUAUUCCAAAGUUUGGGUGAUACUGGAUCAGUUUUGUUUGUUGAAAAAUCUGUUGACGUUCAAAGUGAAGUUAUAUAUUUGAGCAGAAAAACUUUUUUUUGCACUGUUGGAAGUUCAAAGUUUAUGAAGGACCUUGAAUUAACGAUGACAGCAACUUUUUAUCGGAGUAGCCACCGAUAGUUGUAUAUUAUUCCAAGAAAAAGUAUUAUAGAGCGAGUUAUUGUACAUUAAUUGGCCAAUGUUGUUGACUCUUUGUUCGUUAUAUAUUAUUAUAUGUAGACUGCCGAUUCUAGAUAAGGGUAUACAAAUCGUUCAAGCGAAUACCCGUUGUCGUUUGCUAGUAUUAGCUAAAGAUUAAACAUAUUACCAUUAUGCAUUUAUAUAAUGUAUGUAAUGUAUAUAUUUAUACAUCCAUUUGCUACUUAUACUUUGAGACUAGUAGAUACGACUAAACAGGCUAGGCUGUUGGUCAGCCAUGGCUUAGGCAUGCUUAGGCUCCAUGGUUAGAAGGUUAUAGUUUGAAACCGUUUAUAUUUUAAUACUUGAAGACAAUAGCUCUUGGUACUAUCCUGGGAGCCCGGGUUAAGUUUGAUUAAAAAUUUACAACUUUCUGGUCUACUACUCAUAGGAUAAUUUUUGUUAACUUGCUGCACAGCGCACGCCGGGUCACUGAUGUCAGCCUUAGUCGCUCACAGGGUUAAAAUAAGUUGGGCCAGAAUCAUAUCUAAGCUCGCAAAACGUGAAGGUCCCCAAUAACCAUCUUUUACGCAUAUACGCGUAUAGGUAGUAAGUAUGUAUACUAUAUACAUACGUAUAUGUUGUAUACGUUACAUAUGAAUUCCUACUUCAGGUAUUCUGUAGCGUAAAGUUUACAAAAGCAGAUUUGUUGAACCUUGUACCGGUCAACGUUGUUUGGCAACUUGCCAGUGCCAAUUAAUCGUAGCAUGCUAAUUUAUAGUAUUGAGAGUUAUAUCUAUGGAGAUUGUUAAAUGAUGUCAGCUCCAUUAGGUCUUCUUGCUGGAUUAAUCACAAGUAUUAACAUACACUGCGUGCAAAUGUUGCGGUUAGUUUUCAAUGUAACUAUUCAUCAUUAAUGUACAGACAUACACAUUCCAAUCUUUCCAUUAGCUAGAAGUCAUGAUCUUUUUUCCUAUCUUGUAUUCUUCUCAUUGCACUAAUUUCUUUGAAAACCUUGGUCAUUCCGUCGGUAAUGAUUUUCAAAUAUUAUGACAAUUAAAUAAUAUUGCCGCCAGAUUUGAAAAAAAUGGUUCUGAUGCUGUUCAUUUAUUGUUCUGAAGCCCAUCUGCCGACAAGCAAGUUUCUUCGCUUAGACAUAAAAGUGUUACAAUUUGAAUUAUUCAUUUCAGACAGAUCUGUUAGCAAAUUCGUCAGGUCAUGCACGGUGAGCAUGCAACGAUUCUAUGAAAGAAUCUCGACGUCCAUAGUCGAAAAUCUUGAAAUGUUUCUGUUCUUGAUAUACGUUGCUGGCAAAAAAUGCGUCAACUAUUAGCCUGAAAUACAUUUGAUGACAACAGCCUGAUUAUGAAAUUCUUGAGUUAGCAGCAGCAACCACAAUGUUUGACAGUGACGAUAAACUGCUGAUUAUUGGGUGCGUGACACCGAGUUAAUUAAGAAUGAUAAUUAAUAGGAUAAGAAAAAAAACUUUAACAAUGUCACCAAUUAACUAUUCUCAAUCAAUCAUGGUGAGAACAGACUUCACAGGUAUGAUUGAAUCGUAAGAAUAAAUCGACUUUGCGUAUU